GCUUAUUAGAUGCUAUUAAAAAUUUACAGAAUGCAGCGUUGAUAUGUCAGAAGAUGAAUCAUCCUUUUGAUCCUGUGAAAAUGUUGUUUUAUCUUUUCAUUCUCCAAGGAUGGUUUCCCAUCUCUUUCUGUGAAGCUUGGUCUUUCAGAUUCCCGGAAUCCAUGAGCGUGUUUAAACAUUCCAAUGUAUUAAUUCCAUGCAAUUUCACCUCUCCCGAAGGCUUCAGUGAUGUCCAUAUCAUUUGGUACAUUUAUAAAACUUUUACAUACUCACAAGUUUUCAAUAGCAGAGAUCCGUCUGCAGUGAUACCUGAAUACCAAGGCCGUACCUUUCUGGUGGGAAAUGAAACAAAAAGCUGCUCAUUACGGAUUAACGAUGUUACUAAAAAUGAAAAAUUCUAUCCAGGAAUAAAUACAAAUAUAAACUCGUAUGAUCUCUGCCAACAGACUGUCAAUGUUAAACUCACAGAUUGGAUAUUUAUAUUCCCAGAAUCCAUUCAAGCAUUGGGUGGUUCCUGUGUGGAGAUUCCCUGCUCUUUCACUUACAAGGAAGAUGAUGAUUUUAAUUUGAUUUGGUUUAUGUAUCAUUUUACAUCAUAUCCUCAAAUCUUCAAUAAGAGAUUGCCCUCUGCUGUGGAACCAGAAUAUAAAGGUCGGACCUCGAUGGUGGGGAAUGGAAAAAACAGCUGCUCCUUGAGGAUUGAUAAUGUUAAAAGUAGUGAAUAUUAUUACCCUGGAAUAGACACAAAUAUAAAUUCAUAUAAAGUCAACAAUGGUAAAAGGAUUAGGGUCGAAGUCUCAGAUUCGUUUUUUAUGCCAGCAAUAAAAGGAGCAGAUGACAUACAAGAAGGGAAGACGAUCAGUAUGUCCUGUUCUGUAACACAUACCUGUGCUUCCAGCCCACCGUCUCUAGAAUGGAACAAGGCUGGACAUCCUAUCAGUGUGCAGCAUGAAGACAUCUCAGGAGGCUAUUGGCGAGUUCAAUCAGAAAUCAGAUAUUCUCCUUCCUAUCAGGAUCAUAACACAAGCCUGCGAUGCACUGCUACAUUCCAAAAUGGGAAAAGGUUUUACCAAUACAUCAUCUUAAAUAUCAAAUUUCCUCCCAAGAAUACGGGUAUUAAAGUAUUAGACAAAACUGAGAUGAGAGAAGGAGAUACUGUGACCUUACAAUGCAUUACUCGGGCUAAUCCUGCACCAUCGUCCUACGAGUGGUACAAGGUUGAGAAAAACUCAACUACAAAGUUAAAAAAAAAUGCUGAAAAAUUACAAAUCUUGAAUGUAAACCUGGACAGUAAUAAAUAUUACUGCUCUGCAAGGAAUGAGCUCGGUACAGGAAAUUCUUCUAUUAUAGAGCUUCCUGUAAAAUAUAGAGCCAAAGGUGUCAGAAUUCAUCUGGAAAAACAAGGAGACAGCGUGAAAAUGGAAUGUGUGUUCAGUAGUGGUAACCCAGAACCAACUCAAUAUGCCUGGCUUCAUAAUGGUUCUUUGAAACACAAUAAAACUGAAAAGAUUCUGAUCAUUAAAGCCACAGUAAUAUCAUCGGGGAAUUAUCAAUGUGAGGUUUCCAAUGACGUUGGGAAAUCCAUGUCUGAACCUGUCACUGUUACCAUCACAGAUCCAGAAACAGUUGUUUUGGGCGAUAGUUCCUAUAUUGCUUAUGGCAACCAGUUCCUAAUACUGGCUUUUGCCUUAUUAUAUCAUUUAUGUGAUUUGUACCAGCAACCAGAUUCCUCCAACUAUGAUGCCACAUACAGUGAUCUUCAAAGGAAUGAUAUAGGUCCAGAUUAUGAUGAGUUAAAGGGAAGCUUAGACAGAAGUGGUGUUCAUGUAAGACUUGCCACAAAAAGCUAUUCCUCUGAUAUGGAAGACAUUAUGCAGCAAUCACAGGAACUGGGGUGUAGAAAAAUGGCAGCAGACCUCUGA